AUCCUAGUUGCGUGAUGCCUCGUAAGAACAUUUCGCGUUUCUCUUUCUGCUUCCUGGCCUCUUUUCUCUACGGAUCUGUUAGCUUGGAUGGUUGUACGGGACAUUCAUGCCCAGGCACCUCUGACACUACCUUUCUUUCUGAUUCUCCUGAUGAGUCUUGGAUGGCCAUUUAUCGAUAAAUUCAUCACGCAAACGCCUGGUAUUGAUAUUAAAGCACCAUGGCCUCUCCAUACGAUGGCGAUAUUCCGUUAACCACGGUGGUGAGCCAAGAACCAACGGCCUUGGGAUUGAACGGCGGGGACAAAGGAACAACACCACAGCUGUUUGGACUGGGACCGUUGCAAAAUGCUCAAAAGCUCAUGAUCCGACAACGAGUUCGAUGUAAGGACAUUUGUUCAGCCUGCUCCGGAUGUGAGGUGGAGAAGAAAUAUACCGUACAUGGGGACAAUGGGGAAAUCAUUCUCUGGGCAAGCGAGACAUCCUCUUGUGGGAUGCGAUUCUGUUUUGGGAGUGGCCGAAGUCUCAAUAUUCGAAUCUCUGACUCCACCGCCAAAGAGGUCAUUCGCAUUGACCGACCCUUAAACUGUGCAGGUUGUUGUUGUUCGUGGUGCUAUCCCCGUUGUACCCAAGAACUCAACGUCGCCAUGGAGGGCCUUCAAAUAGGAACAAUCCGAGAACGAGCCACGUGGAUCUACCCUGUCUAUCAUCUUUUUGACACUAUGGGCCAACAAAUAUUAAAGGUUCGUGGUCCUUGCUGCACCGCCGGAUGCUUUAGUGAUGUGCAAUUUUCUGUGAUGAAUACGGAUGGCGUGGAAUUGGCCACCAUCGUCAAGAAAUGGAUGGGCUGCGCUCAAGAGACGCUCAUGGAUGCCGAUAACUUUAUGAUCGAAUUCAAGACCGACGUGGAUGUGCGAGACAAAGCCAUGGUGAUGAGUACGGCCUUUCUGAUUGACCUUAUGUACUUUGACACCGAUGGGUGAACGCUCAAAGCUUGCACUUGCCCAAUGUUCGUUUGAACUCGCACUCUUGUGAUAAUCACCUGCAAUCAGCUUGUUAAAUGAUGCCUUUCACAUUUUACUUUCCCGACCUUUUUUCUCAUUGGAAUACUAUGAUAAGCUUCGUGUACAAGUUUCCCGCAUCUAAUUAAUGAAUCUCUUCAAUAAAUUAUAAGUAUAUCCAAGUAAA